GUAUAAGAGCGGGAGGGAGCGGCCCGGGCCAGACGCCUGGAGACGGUGGCAGACCUCGGAGCCGGAGUCCCGCACAGCCCCAGCGCCCGUCCAUCCAUCCGCCCGCGUCCCGUCCGCGCACCUCGGCGCCACCAUGACUCGGGGCCCAGGCCUCGCGCUGCCGCUGCCUCUGCUUCUGCUGCUGCUCCUGGCUGCGGCGACCGGCCGGGCUGCCGCCCAGGACAACUGUACGUGCCCCACCAAUAAGAUGACCACGUGCAGCCGGGAUGGGCCCGGCGGCCGCUGCCAGUGCCGUGCGAUCGGCUCCGGCUUCGAAGUGGACUGCUCCACGCUGACCUCCAAGUGCCUGCUGCUCAAGGCGCGCAUGGGGGCCCACAAGAGCGGCCGCAAGCUGGUGCGCCCCAGCGAGCACGCGCUGGUGGACAACGACGGCCUGUACGACCCCGACUGCGACCACGAGGGCCGCUUCAAGGCCCGCCAGUGCAACCAGACGGCGGUGUGCUGGUGCGUGAACUCGGUGGGCGUGCGCCGCACCGACAAGGGCGACCUGAGCCUGCGCUGCGACGAGCUGGUGCGCACCCACCACAUCCUCAUCGACCUGCGCCACCGGCCGGCCGCCCGCGCCUUCAACCACUCGGACCUGGACGCCGAGCUGCGGCGGCUCUUCCGCGAGCGCUACCGGCUGCACCCCCGGUUCGUGGCGGCCGUGCACUACGAGCAGCCCACCAUCCAGAUCGAGCUGCGGCAGAACGCGUCGCAGAAGGGCCCCGGCGACGUGGACAUCGCGGACGCCGCCUACUACUUCGAGAGGGACGUCAAGGGCGAGUCCCUGUUCACCGGGCGCAGCGGCCUGGACGUGAGCGUCCGCGGCGAGCCCCUGCUGGUGGAACGGACGCUCAUCUACUACCUGGACGAGAAGCCGCCCCAGUUCUCCAUGAAGCGCCUCACCGGCGGCCUCAUCGCCGUCAUUGUGGUGGUCGUGCUGGCCCUGGUCGCCGGCGUGGCCGUCCUGGUCAUCACCAACCGGCGGAGGUCCGGGAAGUACCGCAAGGUGGAGCUCAAGGAACUGGGGGAGUUGAGACAGGCACCCAGCUUGUAGGUACGGGCGGGGCGGGGCGGGGGCGGGGUGGGGUACGGGAUUCUAGUGGGGGUUCCCAGACCAAAGUGAGUCCUUCUUGACUCUUGGCCCAAAGGAGACAUUUCUCUUCCCAAAUUCCUGUCCCUCCAUCCUCCACCAAGCUUGACAGAUCCUGGUCUGGGCGUCGCUUCUCUUUGAGACUUCUGUCUUGAAGGAAGCAUUACUGCCAUUCCUUCCCUCUCGGUCCAGCCAGACUCGAAGAGCGAAGGAAAGGCUGGCCUAGGGCUCUGUGUGAGGACCCAGGGUCUGUGCAGCCACCCAGCAACUUGACCAGUGACGCCAUCGAUGUUGAAGGCUUAAGUGCGUGUAGAUGGGAAACAGCGCUUUUACUGUCUGGGGUUUCAGUUAUGUGAUCAGCGCACGGUCUUCUGGACGAGGGGUUCUGUUCGCUGACUGGGCCGGGGUAGUAUCUGCAUUUACCCCCGUUUGCUUUCCCGGCCGCACGUGCUGGUCCCCGGGAAAGAAGUCUGUGUCAGCGGCCUGAACACACUUGAGAUGUCUGUCUAAGGGCGGACUCGGCCCGAAGCGCAGCGCUUGCCUUCAGCUCGUCCUUGUUGCAGAUGACAUUAGUAAUGUUUCUUUUGUAAAAUGUUUGUACAUAUGUUGUCUUUGAUAAUGCUACUGUGAUUUUUUUUUAAAAAAACACGAAUUUAAUAAAACAUUAAGGCACAAAAGAUGGAGUUGGUGAAAACUUGCUCUAGAUUUAUGUCAGUUUACUCUAA